AUGCAUAUUACAAAAUCAAAACCUACAUUUUCACCAUCACCAUCACCUCCCUCUUUUUCUUCUUUACCGCCAUUUAUAAUAUUAGUAUUAGCAAUAAUAUUGAUAUGUGUAAAUAAUGUGGAUGGUGUUUUAACGAGCGUAGCAGGAAGGUAUGGGCACACUGCAACAUUGAUCGAUAAUAAAUUAUAUUUUAUAGGAGGAAGAGGAGAAAAGGAUGCCUUUGUAAGCAGUCUUAUUGUGGUUGACAUGUCAAAACCAUUCAAUCUAUUGGAUGUAUCAACAUGGCCAGCCCAAGAAAUCACCGAUAAUGACUUGAAAUUAAAUGAUGACGGUAGCGGCAACAAUUUACUGGCAUUACCAAAAAUUAAUGGACAUACGGCAAGUAGCGGAAUUGGUGACAAGCUGAACGAUAUUAUAAUAAUUGGCGGAAGCGUGCAAGAUCCUAUCGCAACUCAAAAUCAAAAUGUAUUAAUUUUUGACACCAUAACAAAAAGAUUUGUAAACCCUGCUAUUAUUCAACAAAAAUCCACCAAUGCUGUUGUUAACAAUAGUCCAACCAGAAGAUACGAGCACUCAUGCGUGAUUGAUCAAUACGGUGAAAUUUGGAUUUAUGGUGGGAAAAGUGACGACUCGACCGGAUCACAGAAAUCGUAUGUCAAUGCUGAUAUGUGGGGUUUGAAUAGUCCGCUAUUACCAGAAGCCAGUCAAUGGCAAAAUUAUGGAAGCUUGGAAUCAUCACCUGGUUCGUUACAACAACACACUGUCUCGUUGAUUAGCGGUAAUAGGAUGGUUGUGUUGGGUGGAAUGAACGAUUUGUUUUUGCUUGAUGAUUUUAAAAACAUUCAUGUUUAUGAUUUGAAUGCAAAUAAUUGGUCAACCUAUGCUGCUACCGGAAACAUCCCCGCUUCGAGAAGAGACCAUUCUGCCGUUGUUUUAAAUAAUACCAAAAUAAUAAUUUAUGGUGGAGCAGAUGAAAGAAAUUCGGUGAUUUAUGCUGACGUGGCAGUUCUUGACACAGACACAUGGACAUGGUCAACACCUACAACCACCGGUACACCAAUUCAAAGAUUUAGACACACUGCCACGCUUAUAGGAAUCAACAUGGUCGUAGCAUUUGGAAAUGUUGGAUUAAAGGCAGAUUCAAACAUGUACGUGUUGAACACAGCAAAUUGGAGCUGGAGUUACGAUUAUCAAUAUAUUAUACAACCCCCAGAUGUAUCAUCAGAAGUUAGCAAUAUAACAAACCCAAAUCCUUACAGCGGUGGUUCGAAGGGGAUAACGAUAAAUUUGCCAUUAAUAAUCGGGUUAUCGGUUGGUGGUGUGGUGCUGUUGAUAUUGGGAUUUUCAAUUCUGAUCUAUUAUAUUGUGCGUAAACAUAGACGUGAAGCAGAAAGCGGGUUAAUACUUGUUUCCAAUCGUUAUUCCAGUCCACCAUCACCUGCUAACGAUAAUGAUAAUCGUGCUAAUAUGAAUGAAAAUCCCUCACCAUCACUCACCGUAUCAACGAUGAGCAAAUUCCACACACCAUCAAAUUCCGAAUCAGGCCUGCUGUUUAAUAAUAGCGCAAGAACUUCAAGAUCAUCAAUACUUAUACAUCAAUCACGUCUUUCACAACAACGUCAAUCAGGCAGAACUGUAAGUUUUAGUGGCACCGACACAUUUAUCACCUUCACACCACCGUCCACCGAAUCCUCAAGCCUAAGCAAUUAUUUGGAUGAUGAUGAUAAACAUCAACAUCACUUAGAGAAUACGUAUAGUGCCUCUUUUCAAGAUCUGCGAGUUGUGAAUUAUAGUCCUGAUGAGUCGAGUAGUGAUGGAUCGAUUGCCAGUGCCGAUAGUAACUAUGCUAGUGGUAGUGGUACACGAUAG